ACGAACUGGAAGGGUUGGCAUGUAGCUUUUGCCUUUGCCCUUGUCGCUCAUUCACACACAAAAGGAUUCGACUGGCACACAUUCUUUUAAUAGUAAACAAAAACAAACCCUUUCCUUUACCGUCUUAUACGUUCAUUCUCCACUUUCCUUUCACAUGGCACCUUGGAAAGAGAUGUCGAUUGGGAUGGCCGAUCCAAAUUCCAUAUCCUUGAUGUUUGAGCAGGCCACUCAGAACAUAUCACGACCGCGAUACCGCAAAGGGCUUUUGGCUGUUCUCGCCCUGACUGUUUUGUCAACAUGCUGGCUCUACGGCACCACAAUCGUGCAGCGGACGGGUCAACUAGUCAAACAGGUCAACCAUACCUUCAGAGGUCCUAAAUAUCACAGCACCUGGGAUGAUGCAUACGGGCACAAGUCACACGCGGGCCACCUCAUUCCUCCAAAUAUAUGGCAGAUUAUGCUGCCCAAAGCCUGGGGUGAUGAUACUCCUGUCAACACAGACAGUUUAAAGGAGACGGCUACCUGGUUGGCCAUGAACAGGGAUUACAGAUAUACUUUGGUUGGCGAAGAUGGUGGAAAGGACUUUGUCAAGCAUCACUUUGGCGACAACGAGACUAUCGUAUCACUCUUCAACUCUUUGCCCAAUGUCGGCAUGAAAUCCGACCUACUUCGAUACAUGCUUCUCUAUAUUGAAGGCGGUGUCUACACAGAUACAGACACUGUUGCGUUGAAGCCUAUCGACCAGUGGGUACCUAUGUCGUUCCGAAACCAAACCCGGCUCGUGGUCGGUAUCGAAUUCGACCAACGUGACGGAGGUACAUGGGACGAUAUCCCCCAUACGAUUCAAUUUUGUCAAUGGACCAUUGCUGCAGCACCUCGCCACCCCGUCUUCCAGAUGAUGAUAUCCCGAAUUGUCGAGUCUUGGGAUUACUUGAAGCGAGAGCACAACUCAGACGGCCAAAAUCCGAUAUGGAAGCCGUCCAACUUUGAGGUCCUGAACUCGACUGGCCCAGCUGCAUGGACGGAUGUGGUCUGGGAAUAUCUACAAAAGACCGACGAUAGUUUGACAGAUCUUAAAAACCUGUCGUCCAUUGGCCAGCCUAGGUUGUUCCGUGAUGCGCUUGUUUUACCGAUCGACGGGUUCGGCAUGGGACAGAUGCAUUCAGGCAGUACCCACGACGGAAGCAUACCUGAGGAUGCGCUUGUAAGACACCUGUUUGGGGGUUCAUGGAGAGGAGAUUAACAUUGGAAAUUCUGGUUCGGUUUUGAGCAUUUUAUUUUCUUGGCAUGAUAAUGUUGAAGUGUAGUUAUAUUGAGCAAGCUACUGCAUACUAAGUACUUUUUUCAAUUUGUAUAUAAUAUUAGCGUCGUUUAGUAUAAAGAUGAAGCGUUGAUCAUUA